AUGGACGAGCCCGCACCGAAGCGAGCGCGGCAGGCAUGUCAGAAUUGCAGGCGUAAGAAAACCCGGUGCUCCGGGGAAAAGCCCGUCUGCUCAUUCUGUCUUCGUCUGGGCCAGCCGUGCCAAUACUCCAGUGGAAGCGGCUCCGCAAGGACGCCAGCGCAGACGGUGGAGAGAAACGCGUCAUGGAUGCAGGCUGGCCCUGGUCCUGGUCCUGGUCCUGGUCCUGGUCCCGGUCCCAAUCCCACUCCAGACUUGGCCGCGAGAGUGGCCUUUUUGGAGUCGCGACUCGGCGUUGAUUGUCCUCGGCCGUUGUCGUCGGUCGCUUCCGGCGGCAGUGUAGACGCGUCCCAUUGUGACGCCGAACGCGGCCAUGAAACAAGGUCUGUCGCAUUCACCAAGGAGCUCCGGGUCCUCUCUGACCUACCGACCAGCAGGUUCUCCGUUGUUCCCCCCAUGCCUGUCCUCAAGGCCCUCACAGACGUCUACUUCACCCACUGCCACAACCAGCCGUACUGCUAUUUCAUCGAGACCGCAUUCCGCCAGCGUCUGGAGACCGGCGUCCUCCCAGACUACCUGCUUCUCGCAUUCGUCGCCACGGCGGCGAGGUACUGCGAGCAUGAGUUCUUCGAGGACCGCAAGGAGCAGGCGAUGGAGACCUACGCCCGCACGGCGUGGAGUGUCGUCCUCCACCAGGUUUUCUCCUCGGAGCAGGGGCUGGAUCUGUAUGCCGUGCAGGCGGCGAAUCUCCUUGCCAUUGUUGACUUUAUCGCCGGUCAACACAGCCUGGGCUGGGUCAAGAUCGGUCUCGCGGUCCGUUUUGCGCAGGGUUUAGGACUGAACGUUGAACCGGAUCCUUCAUUACCCCCCUGGCAGCAGGAGGAAUACCGACGGGUGUUCUGGUCGGUGUAUAUGCUGGACCGACUCGUUUCAUGCAGUCGGAUGCGCUCCCCGUCCAUCCUCGACAGGGACUGCUCUGUUAAGCUCCCGUCCAGCGAAGGGCACCCCACUGACAAAACACCCACGAUUUCAAUCCUGCGCGACCUCCCCGAUACCGACCGGUAUGGGGAUCUCGGCGACUUCGCCCUGACCAUCCUCAUGCUCUCCAUUCUCGGUCGGGUGGUUCGGUGCAGUCUGCAGCAGAACCCGAGCAAUGCAUUCCCGCCCUGGGACUUCCGCAGUGACUUCGCCAAGAUACGGAGCAUCUUAUUCUGUCUGGAGGGACUCGUUGCGCGCGGGGGAGUCCCGCCGGGUGGUGAAACAGUGCGAGACCACCGAUUCAGCAAUAUCAGAGCCGGGCACGACAGACAGAAAGCGGGUCAUUACAUCUGGAGUCGGGGGUUAUAUCAUCUAUGCGGGUGUCUGCUCCAUCAUCCGUUCCUGCUACACAAUGACCUGAAGCAGCAUCGCAAGACGUUCCCCCGGAGCUUUGCACGGGAAUCCCUCCUGCGGUGCCAGGAGCACGCCGAGGAAUUGACCAAGAUCCUGACUGUGGUGCGGGACGUGGAUUGUUGCGCCCGGGGAAGUUUCCUGGGCUAUUUCGCCGUCGUUGCGAGUUCUGUUCAUCGGCUGUAUGAACAUUCCUCUGAUAUCACACUCAAGACGCAGGCGCUGCAUUCCUCGGCCGCUUGUCUUGAGUUUAUCGAGUUGUCGCCUCAGUACUGGAAGAAUUAUGGGAGGAUGGCCCUGGCAUUACGAGAAUUCGACGUCGGAGAACCAGUGGCAAGAGCAUUGAUCGAACCCUCCUCGAGCGACGACGACAUCGAACCCCAGGACAUGGACGUGCUAUGGCGCAUCCUCGACUACGGCUGGUUGAGCGAUGCAAACCGCACGGAGAGUCCGUUCAAGCCGAGUCCCUCACAGGCCAGCGGGAUGUUAAACUGGCGAUUCUUCGAGGAUUUGAUUGGGGACGAGUUCCAUAUGGCUGUUAUGCAGCAGAGGAAUAGUCGGCAUGGGGACUGGUGGUCGCAGUUGGGCGAGAGGGAUUUUACAGGUGAGUAUGUUUGA